UUGUUGUUUGAUGGCUCAAUUACGAGAACAUGGAACAGAAAUAUGGAAGUACUUGGACGAAAAGCACCUUGAAGCCCUUGAAGUUUCUCUUGCAACUAAGACUGCUGGACUUUCUUAUACUGGUGUUGUAGAAAACUGGAGGAUACGUCAUCGAGUCAAAAUAUCUAGCGUUGGUUUGGUUCUUUGCUUGAGUGAGGGUCCACAGUUGUAUGAAGAGGGAAAACCUAAUCCUUGUGCAACCUUGGAAUGUUGGAUAGAUCCUUUAAAAUUAGGAUCACAGAGACCAUCUGAGGUUGUGAGUGCGGCUUUACAAGGACAAUACGAAAGAUGGCAACCAAAGGCCCAAUAUCAUCUUGUUGCGGAGCCAACGUUAGAUGAUGUACAUAAGCUUUGCUUGCAACUUCGGAGUGAAGCCAAGGAUGAAAGAGUCCUGUUUCAUUAUAAUGGUCAUGGAGUUCCCAGACCAACAGCAACGGGAGAGAUUUAUUUGUUUAGUGAAAAUUUCACUCAUUAUGUUCAACUUUCCUUGUUUGAACUUCAAAGCUGGCUAGGAACUCCAUCCGCUUUCGUUUUUGACUGCUCCAAUGCAGGUUUGAUACUUUCAUCUUUUCUUGAGUUUGCAAAGAAAAGAGACAAACUCAGUCCUACCUCAAAUGCAGUUUUAGAUGAAGUAAAUGAUAUUCAAGUUGGAAACGAGAAAGAGGGUUGGAAAAAUGAACUAAAAUCCUUUUCUGAUAGUAUUAUAUUUGCUUCAUGCGGAGCGGAAGAGACACUGCCAACUAACCCGUAUUUUCCAGCAGAUAUUUUAACAUCUUGCUUGACUACUCCUAUUCAAAUGGCAUUUCGAUGGUUCUUACCACGAUCUUUGGUUUCAGGAGUUCGUCUAGAAAUGUUGGAUCGCAUUCCUGGAAAAGUGAAUGACAAGAAAACAAUGUUUGGAGAACUAAAUUGGGUUUUCACAGCUGUAACGGAUUGUAUCGCAUGGAAUUCACUUCCGAGAGCUCUCUUUCAUAAAUUGUUUCGCCAAGAUCUAUUAGUAGCAUCGUUGUUUAGAAAUUUUCUGUUAGCUGAACGCAUUCUCAAAUCUCUCAAUUGCACACCAAUCACAAAUCCUCAACUUCCUCCAAUGAAUCACCAUCGUUUAUGGCAUGCAUGGGAUUAUAUGAUGGAGCUCUGCCUUGCUCAGCUUCCCUCAUUAUUGUCAACCGAUGAGAAAAAGGGAACUGAAAAGGAUUACUUCGAUGACGAAAAUCUUCGCAACAAUGAAGAAAUAAGGAGAGAUAUCAUUCUUGGAGAAAGAAUGAAUACCUCAGCAUCCUACAUAUCCAUUCCAUUUUUUGAGCAUCAGUUGUCUGCAUUUGAGACAUGGUUAACAAUAGAAAGUGAAAAACCCACAGUUCCUGAGCAGUUACCGAUUGUUUUGCAGGUUCUUCUGAGUCAAAAUCAUCGCAAGCGCGCACUUACUCUUAUAGGAAGAUUCUUAGAAUUAGGAGACUGGGCAGUUGACUUGACUUUAUCAGUUGGAGUAUUUCCUUAUAUUCUUAAAUUACUACAGAGCUCGUCAAUGGAGUUGAAAAAAGAAUUAGUAUUCAUAUGGGGAAAAAUAAUCUGCCAAGAUCGUUCAUGUGUUGCAGAUCUAGUAAGAGAAAAGGGUCACAUUUAUAUGUUGGACUUUUUGGAUACGGAUGAGGAAGAAGCCUAUGAAAGUCAAGUGAUGGCAUUAUUCAUUUUGUCCGUUGUUUCCGGUUUUGCUCCAAAGAAACUGAUCGAAUCUCGUGCAUUGGACACUGUGAUGUCCAAAGCGGUUUUUUCAAAGGACACGCGUGUUAGAAGAUGGUCUUUUCUGUUUUUCUCCAAAUUUAUGAAAAAUUAUCCUCCGAUAGCUGAGGAACUCUUUGAAAAUGAUGAUUUCAUAAGAACCACAUUAACAGUAUUGCGAAGUGAUGAAGCUCCAGCUAAUCGUGCUUCUGUCUUGUAUUUUUUAGAAUUUCUUCCUCCUGGAAUGCCUUUUCAGUUGGAACUAUAUGAAGAUUUUUUGUUAAUAAGAGACUUGGGUGUCGAUCUUGGAAAUAUUGCUCUGGGCUUCAUCAUUAGUAUCAUCGAAGAGAAAAGUGACGAUGCAUCUCCUUUGGUUAGAAGAGAAGUAGUCAAAUUGACUGCUAGAACUAUAAAGACACUAUAUGAUGGUGAUCCUAAAAAAGUGGGAUAUUCUAUGGAAAGGAACCUUGUAGAAGAUCCUUUGGGAACUUUUUUGCUUCAAGUUCUCCUUUAUCUCUCAGGAGAUCCUCAGAUAGAAGUUUCUUCCUUUGCUUCCGAAAUUUAUAGAGACUUGGCAGAAACUUCCUUUCGAAAUGAGCGCCAAGGUAUCCAAGGACGAGAAACAAAGUCUAUUUCAGAGAAUUAUGAUGGUUCUGCUAAAAGUUUCAUUCCAGAUAUAAAAAAUGCGUCACUUCCUCGGGUUGUUUCUUUGGAAGGAAUUGCACAACAAAUGGAAGCAUUCAAAAUUCAUUCUACCAUGGAUGACGAUGACGUAGACUACAACGAUAUCGAGAUGAACUCACAAAAUGGCGAAAAGCAGAGUCAACAUAUAGGAAAUGCAUGGAGGCUUCCAUCUUUGUAUGAUUGGAGUCAAGGCGAGAUUAUGAAUCUUCGAAUUUCUGAAAGUCUUAAAGGAGGCCAAUCACCGCAAAGUAUCUUUGAAAAUCUAUAUAAUCAAAAUAAGCAAAUGGUAUAUCUGCCGGACAUUAUUGACGAAGGAUAUCUGUUAUCUGAUAAACCAGUUUAUGUUCGUUGGCAUCAUAUGGAGAACUUACAGGAACAAGUAACCAUUGAUCUUGGAGGAUCGCCAGUGACAUGUGUAAAGUUUUCACCGAUGUGUUCUCAGCUCAUUAUUGGAACGCGCAAUGGUGAAUGGAGUGAAUGGAAUCCAGAAAAUGGGAUUCAACAACUCACUGCUUCUUGUGGAGAUAGGGAAAUAUGUGCCAUGCGAGUGAUUGGUGAAGCUGGUGGAAGAAUCACUUCAUAUACACGUUAUGUAUUGCUAACAGCAUGUUCCGACAGUACAAUUAUGCUAUGGAGAGUUGACAGGUAUAAUCAAGAUAUUCGAAUGGUCUUUAGUUGUCGAUGUUGGUCUCAAUUCGAUGAUAUGGAAGAAAAUAUCGACUACUCUAAAGCUAACAUUUCGAAGAAAUUUGCAAUGUCUUGGGAACCUUAUAGUGCAAGAAUUGCAACUAACCGAAGGAAUCCAGGUGUUAUCAGGUUUUGGGAUCUUCCUCAAGAAAUGUGUUUUGCUAGGUGCAGAGUUCCAUUGGAUUCUUGCAUAAAUAGCCUCACAUGGACCGGUUCAAUAGCAAAUAUGGGUCCUCAAUGUCUUUUUGGAGGUACUGAUAAUGGAAGUCUAUUUACAGUUGAUUUGAGAACCCAAAACUCCAUCGAAUCGGUUCCCAUUGAGAAUUCAAUACAUAAUGACGCUAUUGUUCGAGUUCUUGGCCAAGCGUCCAGCACAGGAGGUCAUUUAUUGUCUGCUUCCAAAGAUGGUGUGGUUUGUGUUUGGGACCCCCGAAAACUAUCAACUGGUUUAGAAACAAUAUCAACAUUGCAACUUGGACAAGUCGGAUUUCUUUCAGCACAUACUUGUUUGCCUAUGUUUGCGUGUAGGACAACAGAAAGCAACGUAGACAUUUUCAAUACAAAAGGUGAGUUACUCAAGAGCCUGGAAAUACCAGAUUGUGCAGAAACAAAAAAUCGCGUCAAUUGGAUUACUUUCGAUAUUGAACAACCUUAUCUUGGUAUUGGACUAGAAAACUCAGUUGUUAGCAUAUACUCGUCGAAUAAGGCGUAAAGCUUCUUAAGCUGCAACUACAGUUGUAGAAAGAUAACUCCUCAACAGUCAACGCCUUUAAUAUCUGUUUUAUUUUAAGCCUUCAAGGACAUAAACCUUGUUCCAUAAAA